AGGGAGGAAAUAGGACAUCUAAUAACAAGCAUAAAGGUUUCACAUCUGAUUUCGGGGACACUUUUACAUCUGGACCCAGGUCGCUGCUCCACGCGCACUCACAACACUUUAUAAUCAGCUGUUGCUGCUUGUUGUGGAGCUACAUCUGCAGACACACCCUCUGAAGUUACCGAGCUGUACACUUUCGACUCUUCUUUGAGUUUUAUCUGUUUUUAUAAAACAUUGUAUGAUGGCCUUUCCAGGAUACGGCGCUGGCCCCGGGGGAGUCGCGCAGGAUCCUCUCUAUGGAUACUUUUCAGCGGUGGCUGGACAGGAUGGACAGAUCACAGCGGACGAGCUGCAGACCUGCCUCACGCAGUCCGGCCUCUCUGGCACAUACAAACCCUUCAACCUGGAGACGUGCAGACUGAUGAUCAGCAUGCUGGAUAGGGACAUGUCCAACAGCAUGGGCUUCACUGAGUUCAAGGAGCUGUGGCAGGCUGUGAACGGCUGGAAGUCGACCUUCGCAUCUUACGACCGGGACCGCAGUGGAACGGUGGAGGGCCACGAGCUGCAGCAGGCCUUCACCUCCAUGGGUUAUAACCUGAGCCCCCAGGCCAUGACCAUCAUCAUGAACCGCUACAGCUUAAACGGCAGAAUCACUUUCGAUGAUUUCAUGAGCUGCUGCAUAAAACUCCGCGCGCUGACUGAUCAGUUCCAAAGGAGAGACACAACUCGAACUGGCCGAGCCGCGUUUCAGUACGACGAGUUCAUCCAGGUCACCAUGAACAUAUGAAGAGGAAGGAGCGAGCAGACGGGACACGGUUUACAUCUCCUCAUGUUACCAGCAUGUACGUUCACUGUGUCUCUGAAUGUUUAAUUAUUGUACAAACGGUUAAAAUGUCACUUUUUUCACAUUCCAUUCUUUUUUUUUAAGUAAUACAUGUUAACAAACUCAUAAGAUUAUAGUAACCUCAGGCUGUACCAAUGACAAACCCCUUUGUGCUUGUGUUAGCCCGGAGUGCUGGCAUGUGAGUGUGAACAUGUAUGAAAUAAAUAAACACCACAGACGACGUCUAAAAACUGA